AUAAAUUGGCAUGAGCCCAGCGGAGACUUUAUAUCUAAAAGAGCGUGCGGCCGGAAGUACCUUUGGACCUCGGCGACGCGCCUGACAACCCCGCAAACUAAAGCGGUGAUCUGGUGUCAAGACGCUCUCUCAACCCGGGACUUCGAGUUCUGCCCCUGAGAGCCGGAAUACCCAAAAGGGUCAUGCGACUCAAGUCAUCGACUGCAUGUUAACAUGAACUCCAGACAGCACCAGACUCUUCUGCUGCUGCUGCUGGUGUGCGGCGGCGGGGCCAUCGAGAUCAUCAGCACGGGCAUCGCCGUCGGCAUGGCAGCCGCGCUCACCGGCUUCCUAGCCAGCUAUCCCAACAUCUUCUACUAUUUCCACGAAUGUUGUCGAGCGGAAUGGAUUUCCUUCAACAAAACGGGUUUGCAGGCAGACCUGGAAAGCCAACUGUUCGGUCAGCAUAUAGCUUCUCGCAUUAUUCUGAAAGCUGUGACUGGAUUCAUGAACAAUAACAACCCGAAGAAGCCUCUGGUCCUCUCUCUCCAUGGGUGGACUGGCACGGGGAAGAAUUUCGUCAGUCAGCUUAUUGCAGAUAACAUCUACAAGAAGGGGAUGGACAGCAGCUUUGUCCACAUAUUUACCUCUGAACUCCAUUUCCCGCAUGCAAGCCAAAUUGAGACAUAUAAGACUCAGUUACAGCAUUGGAUCAGAGGAAAUGUUACCAACUGUGCCCAUUCCAUGUUCAUCUUUGAUGAGAUGGACAAGAUGCAUCCUGGCCUGAUUGACAGCAUAAAGCCAUUUGUGGACUACUAUGAAAAGCUGGAUGGUGUGUCAUAUCGGAAAGCCAUCUUCAUCUUCCUCAGUAAUGCUGGGGGAGAGAGUAUCACGCACACCACCUUGGAUUUCUGGAAAACGGGAAAAGACCGAGAGGAACUUGCGCUGAAGGAUGUAGAGAUGUCCCUCUCUCUGGCUGUGUUCAACAACAAGAAUAGUGGAUUGUGGCAUACCAGUCUGAUAGACAAGAACCUGGUGGACUUCUUUGUCCCCUUCUUGCCCCUGGAGUACCGGCACGUUGUUCAGUGUGCCAUGGCUGAGAUGGAAGCCAGGGGCCUACCGCCAAACCCUGAUUUGGCUAACCAAGUGGCCAGCGAGUUAACCUACUUCCCCAAGUCUGACCGAGUCUUCUCUGUCAAGGGCUGCAAGACGAUAGAGAGCAAGCUGGACUACUAUCUAUAAUUAAAUCACCUUGGUGAUCGAUUGUGGUUUGGAUUGUGCUUGGUAAUUCUUGCGGUUCCUCUUCAAACGACUGGGUCUUAUGUAGAGGAGGGCAUUCGAGUUGAGGGCGACGGCGUCAGGCUGCUCUCUAAAGAAUGAACUCGAUGAUCGCCGAUCACAGAACACUGGAGAAUAUGAGAAGAUGUGUCAGCUCUUUUCUACAUGCAGUCCUAUGUGAAAUCAAGAGAUGGUCUGAUAAUUGAUCAUACCUUUCGUCUGAACCACAUGAAAGGAAUCUGAACUACAUUAAGUGAAAACAGUAAUUGUGAUCUUUUGCAAUUGAACAAGAAGAUACUUCUUUUGGAAAGUGUUUCAGGAAGCCACCAAUUGUAGAAAUGUUUUCCAUCGCGCCUUAACUGGAUAACUCAUGUUUUUUACACCCAUGAAAAUAGUUUUGAUUUUCAAAUCAUUUCAUGUUUUUUCAUUUAAGCCAUUGAAAGAAUUAUCUACACUAUCGAUGGGGACACAAUGUCUUCUGUUCUAACUGCAAUUGAACAUUCUUAUGUUAUUUUAAAAAAAUGAUUAUGGGGUUUGUUGCAUCAUGUCCACGGUUUCUAAAAUGUACCAUCACAGUCAGUGUUGUUUAAGAAGAAAAUCCAACACAUUUUUAUGCCAACAUCUUGCAGCAUUGGGUAUCAUUCAAGAGAUUAUUUACAGUCCCCUUACUACUGAUGGCAAUUCGUGUUUCAUGAAUUUAGGGGUGAUUUUAUGAGUAAUUGUAUAUAACUAAGUUAUAUUGCACUGUAUAAUUUAGAAGUUUGAUACCAAUACAUAAUCUGGUGGGGGUCAAAGGAGAUCUUCCUCUUAUACCCAAAUAGACCUAUCUUCAUCUUCAUAUGUCUCUAGAAUAAUUUAAUUGUAAUUCUAUGAUGGCUUCAAGUUUUUGAAAACUGUCCUUUGUUUUGAAGCAAAUACGGAUCAGUUAAAAAAAAAUAAACUCUUUUUCAACCGACCGCCACUGUACUUACUGUGCCUUAUUGUAGCUCUGUAAUAACCUCCUUCAGUGCAUAAGAGAAAGGUUUCAAGGCUGUGGGAGUUGCUGGUCUGUUUCCACAGAAAUCGGGGAGAAUAUUUGUGUCUGUUACCACUGACCCACAGCAAGCAAUAUACAAUAUUUUGAAUUGAAUCCAUUGGUUUAAGAUAAUGUAAGAAUAUGGAUGUAAAUCAGGUAUUUCCAACUGAGACUUAUAGGAUAUACAAACCAUGCCUUUUUACACAAAUAAAAGGCAAUUGGUCCAAUGGUU